UCAUCUGUCACUUUAAAAUAGAAUAUUGAAGUUGAUUAAGGCAGUUUUUGGGCAGUUUUGUUUGCAAUUUAUUGGCUAUUUACCUAAUUUGAUUUUUUAUUAUUAUUGCUUGUAAUUAAAUAAAUGUUAUAUGUUCUUAACAGCAAUUUAAGAUAGUAAAAUGUUUUCCGCGUUGAAAAAACUAACUAAAAGUGGCGAUGACCGCUGCCCUGCACCUAUGCCAAUGUCGUCUUCUCUACAAAAGAAAUUUUCAAGAGGAGUACAUUUUAACAUGAAAAUAUUAAUUAAAGGAGAUAGAAAUGUCGGUAAAUCCUGUCUGUUACAACGUCUACAAGGUGGUCCAUUCACAGAGGAAUACGUGCCUACAGAACAGAUUCAAGUUGCCCCUAUACAUUGGACAUAUAAAAACACUGAUUAUAUUGUAAAAGUUGAAGUAUGGGAAGUAGUUGAUAAAGGACGUUCAAAGAAAAAACCACCUCUUGGCCUCAAACUUGAAAAUCAGUCUGCCCCAUCUGUAAUGGAGGAGGAGUAUGAAACUCCAGUAUUAGAUGCCACAUUUUUAGAUGUGUACAAGAAUGCUACUGGUGUCAUAUUAAUGCUAGAUAUUACAAAGCCUUGGACUUUUGAAUAUGUGGUAAAGGAGCUAACUCGCAUACCAGCAGAUUUGCCUGUUGUCAUACUUGGAAAUCACUGUGAUAUGCAACACCAUCGCCAAGUACAUCCCCAUCACAUAGAGCAAGCUAUGAGCCAUGCUAAAAUGACUAGGACAGCUCCAAUCCGUUAUGCAGAGGCUUCCAUGAGAAAUGGUUUUGGUUUACGAUUAUUACAUAAAUUCCUGAGUGUUCCAUUUCUAAGACUGCAAAAGACAAGUUUAUUGGAACAGUUACAAAGAAACCAAAAAGAUAUGGAAGAAAUUGAAAAAGAACUUGAUGAUUUCCAGAAUUCUGAAGAAUCCCAGUACAAUCUAUUCUUAGACCGUCUGGCAAAUAAGAGAAGACAAAGUACAGAAGCUGAGCCACGCGUCAACACUGAACGCUCGCCGAGUAUUGUCCUAGGAGCAGGAAAACCUAUUAUUCCACCAAAUGUGAAUCCACUUUUGGCUCAAUCUCUAAAUCCUACUGUAGGAAAAAUACAGAGUUAUGAAAACGCUGAAAUAAAACAAACCCAAUAUGUAAGUUCAGAGUUAAUAAAAAGCAAACCACCAGUUAGUAUGGACAUGACCCCAUCUAAGUUACCUCAAAACAGUGUUCCUAGUACUCCCUCCGGCACAAACAUAUCUAUGUCAGGGUCUUCUGGGGCUUUGGAAGAGUUUUAUGCAGGUACCUUAGAUAGCAGCUUUCUGGAAGAUCUCGGACCCAUGACCAAUAACCAAGAAAUAAGCUAUGAAAGUGACAGUGAUGAGGAUAACACAAUAAAUCCUAAAGUAAUAGUAGAAGAAGAUGAUCUAGACAUUGAAGGCACCCCACAAGUAAAUACUAUAGCAGCUGUAGAUAGUGCGAAAACUGAAUCUAGUUCAUUAAAUGAAGAUAGUUUAAGAAAUUCGUUCAUAAAACAAACAAUAAUAAAUAAAAACCAUGAAAAUAAUGACAGUUUGUCUAUAUUAGGCAGUGGAAACAUACACAUUCAUAAUGAUUAUCCAAUGUGGACUGAGGAUUCAAGUGUGCGAAGAUCUCCAGAAGGCGGCGAAGAUCCGGAUAUAGCAAAAGAACCUGAUGUGAAGGUCGAGAAAAAGCAUAAAAAGAAGAAAUCAAAGGAUAAAGAGAAAGGAGAAAACAGUGAUAAAACAGAACGGAAGGAAAGAAAACAUAAGAAUAAAAAGUCAAAAGAAAAACAGCCCCACCCACAGGAAGAUUUGCUUGCGCCCUCGAUGACUACCGCAUUUAAUUACGAAGAAUACGAUAGUAUUUCAUGAAUAUGUAUCUACAAUAAUUUCUAAAUAAGUUGUGCUUGAAAAAGUA